AUGCGCAUUCCCUUUGGAGUGAAGGUCCUUUACUGGGCCCCGAAGAAGCAACGCAAGCCUGAACGAUCCAAGUUUUCUGGCACAGGGAUUGAAGGUAUAUUCCUUGGGUAUCACAUUCAACCUGGUUUUAUCUUCAAGCUUGAGUACGUUGAACAGCUUAGUGAAGACCUGGAUGAAAUGUUCCCAGAGCUAUUUGGUCCUGAUCGUGAUAAAGAUCCUCCGCCGAAGGACGCGAAAGAAGCCACCCGCAAGGGUGAGUCAAAGUUUGUUUCCUGUGUAUCAUUGCUUGAUGAUGUUCCGUACUCUGUGAAGCAGAAGCUGAAGUCAAGCGCAGCAGUAGCAGCGCAAGAACCACCGUAUGGUUAUGUGUGGAGUGGGGAAUGUUUGGUCAAAGAGAACAACAGGAACCGCCCCAACGCUAUCGAUCAUACUGCAUGGAAGUCCAUGUCGAAAAGACAAAGGGCAACAGCAAUCGCAGAACAUGAGAAGAAGCUACAUGAGGAGAAUGAGGCACUGUACCGCGAAGCCGUGAAGGUGGAUUGGUGGGAUGGCGAAACCUACUUCGACCUCGCAGGCCGGGAACAGUCUGAUUUCGAGCUGGCAGUUGUCGACAACAAGGUUUCGGUAGCAGCAGCUCCGGAUGCAGCAAAGGCCGUCGAGGACUUCGCUAAGCAAUUGUUCGACUCUAACGACUACAGUUACAAGACCUUCGAGGUAAACACUGGGGAGGACGACCGCACCGGGGUCGUAAAGGCCAUGAAAACCAUCCUCCAAUCAGCCGCGCUCAACAGCGACAUCAUUUCCCUCGGCGCCGAGACGGAGUAUCGCAUGUUGGAGUCGGCUUAUGGCUGUGUUUCCACCCAGGUCGCGGCUGGUGUGUCUUUGACGCACGCGGACACGUCGUGUUCGGCGCUUCGCCAGCUGGCAGACCUCAGUGACGAAGGGAUGGCCAAACUGAAGCCAACCGCAAGGUUGAGCCCCAAGGUGAAGCGUGCCCUCAUCCUCGUUAGCGACAGCUCCACAGCUUUGUGCAAGAAGAACAGAAGAGGAGUUUUCGUCAAAGCUGACUUGGGUGAAGAAGUGGGCCUGACAAGUAUGAUGCUGGGAUGGUCCGAAUGCCGCUACACCAUGUGUUGGGGCAAAACGUUGGCCUGGAUCGUGUGGCAAGUGGAGGAGCGCAUCAAAGACCUUCGCACUAACCAUCCGGGGCUGCUCAUCGACGUGGUGUGUUGGUGGUGCGGUAACGAGAUCUCCGGCCAGUGGGGUUGCAUCCCCACUCGGCUUGGUCCUGGGUUUGGUUACAGAGACCCAACUGUGACUACGGAGGCGGUUGCUGGGAAGGUUAGGCGAGCUGCGGAUGUGUUAGCCGCCCUCACGGGCGAGCCGGACAUUGGCUUUGUGAAGGUGAUUGGAGUGGAGGCGGAUCUCUUCCAGCUCCACUCUGCGUACAACGACUUCAAUGCUGCCAUGUUUGAGGAAUUUCGAAGCCGAAACCUCCAAGUGCAGUCAGCGAGUCCUCUUGUUGAACGGCUGGAGAUGUAUGACUCAUUCCACGCCAGCGAGGAUCUCCGCAACCGCGAAUUGUUCGUGGGCUUUCUGCACGCAACAUUGAAUGUCAGCAAAAGUGAGUGGAUCGCUCAGAAGCUCAAUCCAUGCGUGAAGGCACUCCUUGUCAGGUUUGAGCACUAUGACACGGGUGUCAACACAUCGAAUCCCGUUCUCCAGGAUGUCUUCAAGCAAUGGCAGAGCGAGAAGCAGCAGCUCAUGAACCCGAAGAUCGCGAAGCCGAUGCCGGUGACGGAGGAAGACAAAAGGUGGGAAGCGCCAGACGCAGCCGAUGCCACCGAUGUCACGAAGAACAUGUCUGGGCCUCCCAUGGAUAAAGCCAUCCGCAAGGAUGUGCCGGCUAUCGGGGCAACAACCGAUGUGAGUAAGGUUGCGGAGUGCAUCAACGACAUUGUCACCCAGGACGCGGAUGGCAAGGUGUCCUACAGCGUCCCCGGCACGGUGCAGCUGGUGGAUGAGGGCGACAAAGUCGACCCCAUCCCAUCAUCAAUGGGCAGAGUCAUGGAGCCCGCGGUGCAUACAAGGACCAAGAAGUCCGACCGCGAUGAGGAUGCCAUGAGAAGGAUGAUGUUCAUUGAUGAAAGCGCCCCGCAAGGGGCAGCCACUGUGCCAGAGAAGCUCCCGAAUGAGUACUUCUACAAUGGUGCAAAGCACCUGAUGAAGCCAUUCAACCCGGAGGACAUCGUUGGCGACAAGCAUGUGACCUUCAAGCAUGGUGAUUUGAAAUUCCUCACCAAGUUGCUUCGUGGCCAUGCCAUGGAGGAUUUUCCUGCACUGAUCUUCGAUCGAUGGCACAAUCAAAAGCUCAUCGGCAACAAUCCGGACGCGGACUUCUUCCUCGCUACCCGGUUUUACAGUGGAUUGUCCCAGACAGACUCGCCCGCGAAGUUGUACCACCGCACAAACGAACGUGGUAUGAAGGGGAUCCUCCGCGACGGCAUGAUUCCUGGCUCCGCCAGAUCGGACAGAUCCCACAACUAUCUGUCGCCGUAUCGUCUGGAUGAUACCAACUACAAAAGUGGUAUGCGAUCCAAUCAGCCCAUUGAGCUGGCCAUUGAUACCCAGCGAGCAAUCGCCGCUGGAUGUGUCUUCUUUGUGACGGAGACCGAUGGCGUUCUCACCCGCGACAAUGUUCCCCCGGACUGUAUCCUAUCUGCCGUCGACACCAGCAAAAAGAACCUCCCGCUCUACGUCGCCGAGCACAAGGAAGCCACCCGCGAGGGUGAGCCAGAGCAUGUUUUCCGUGCCAAGCGCGACUACGAGGAGGCGGCAGCAAGCUCAUCAUCGGCACCGCCUCCCAAGCAGGCCGCUAUCGCCCCAAAGGCGAUCGCAUCGAAAAAGAUGCGGAAGGUGGCUUCCAAGCCCACUGCUGUUAUCGAAAAGGAUGACGCUAUGGACCUGGAUGAAGCCACCCGCGAGGGUGAGCCUGCCGAUGCUGAUGGUUUCGCUCCCGAGCCCGAGGCCGAGGCCAAGGAGGAGGAGGGCGAUACGACGGAUCUCACAUCCGUGCAGGCAGUGCCAGGCAGUGGUGGCGAAUGGCAUGUUGUUUUGUCUACGCUGCAAAGCUCCACAGACGGACGACUCUGCGAAGAUCACAAGACGAGCCUUCGAGAAUUCGACCUCCUCGCGAGCGAUCAUCGUGGACUCGGUGACGGACCCAAGAAGCGUGGUCAGAUGAGCGCAGAGGCGGGUGUUAUCCGUGAUGCCAAAGACCGAAAGCAGAGAGCAUCCAAGCUGGGCUUUGAUUCGUUGUCCUAUCGCUUCGAGAAGGACGAACAGUUCAGCACGCGGAUGAUGCAGGAGGGUCGCAGCAUCGAGGACAUGCAGAAGUUCGACCAUUUGGCGAACGCUGUGCUGCCCGAUCCAGGCCGCAGCGAGGAGCAAAGGUACUUGCGUGCCGACUCCCACUACGGUGGAGGCAGUGUCCCGCCUGCGAAGUUGGUUUACUAUGCCCACUGCGAAGUGGAGCCAUUGCGGAGCCUGCGUUUCAUUGAUGAUACAGCGGACGUCCCAAUCGGCUUGACCUACAUGGGUGCAUUCCUCCCUCCUCGCCUCUUUGCCGAAGUGGCCGCAGUGAAUGAAGCGGCAAAGCGGAUCCUGACCUUCGACGGGGAAGUCGUCCUCUCGGCUACCACAACUGAUGGGAUCACGACUGAGAUCGGCCAAAUUCUUGCCGAUAGCCUCCGUAGCGCCCGAGACCAGACUUACCAAACGGAACGUUUGGCAGAUUGCAAUCGCCAGACUGCAGCUCAGAACCGCCCAUCCCAAAAGGGACGCGGUCGUGGUCGUGUUGCAGACCCUGAGCCAAUGUACAGAGGCUAUACUCAGGCCCAGUGGGACGAGUACUAUCGCCAGCGCCGUGGAGGUUACACUCAGGCCGAGUGGGAUGCAUGGAACCGCACCCAUGGGAACGCGUUCUUCAAGGCAGUUACGCCGACAAGCCAGCUUGAAGGACCCAAAGACAGCGAGGAACCGGCAUCAAUGUUCCGAUGCAGUACUCCAUUUGUUGCCCUCGCGGGUGAAGAUGACGCGAUCGUGGCGGUCAAACAACAGCAGGCCGUUCCGUCGCAAUGGGAGCAGUGGGUGGGCUCCGUCGUGGGAUGGUUCACAAAUGUGCUCCACGUCGGAGGCCCGAAGGACGAAAUCGUCCUGAGUCUGGAGGAGUUUACGCAGCUGCGGGACCAUCUGCUGCGAAUGCAAGGCUACAUCAAGGAAGCCGAAGACCGGGCAGAGCAGGCCGAGGCGCUCCUUGAGCUCUUCCGCCGCCACGGCAGCGAGGCGCGCCACGUGGCGGAAGCGGUGCAGCUGAUCCAGCGUAUCGGCGAGGGCCUAGCCUGGGCGUACGGGCAGCCCCACCGCGAGAUUGGCGAGGCGUUCGCCCAGCCCUUCGUUGACCGGCGCAUCCGGGAUCGGUUGAGAGACCUGCUCUUCACGCAGCAUCCUCACCUGCAGGCGCAGGUACUGCAGACCAUCCACAUCUUGCUGGCAGCAACGCCUCCGAGCUGCAUUGGAGAUCUGGCCGAGGGGAAUGAAGUGGUAACUGCCAGCUUCGACUUCCGGCAGAACGAGGACUUGCUCCCCCUGUGGAUCACCGUGGUCAAAGACAUCGCUACGAUGAUGAGAGAGGUGCGAACUCACGUGCAAGCGACUUCGUUGGAGAUCUUCUCGAAGCUGAAACACGUCCUGAUCUCGGGGAUAAUCGAGGAUUUGAAGAUCGCGGACUCUUGGAGCAAUUCUCUCUUCGAGUUGGUGGUGGAAGACUCGAAGAUCCUCUUCACGCACGUGUGCUGUCUUCUCAGAGACUUCUGGCGCAUGGCUGACGAGACAAUCCGCUCCACCAUCUGGCGAGACAUGAAGAAUGCCUUCAGCUUACAGAACGACAUCCUGGAGUACAUCAACGACGUCUUCGCCUCUGCCAAGGACCCAUCCAAGAGCAUACCCAAGCUCGGCCGCCUUUCAAGCCAACGUCUUGCAGAUCCAGAUCCGGCUACCAAGGAUGUGAAUCAGCUGAGCGCAAUUCUUCAGGUCUUACAAGCGUGGACGAGCAGUUUUGGUGCUGUGCAUGCAGUAUGGUCGCAGGCUUUAUCCCAGCUCGAGAGAACCCCACAAGAUCUUGGCUCCCUCUCGGCACGGCUCUCGGCGCCUUCUGAGGAGCGGCUGCUCCGCUUCGCGGUGCUUCCGGUGCUGCUGGGAUCAGCGCUGCAGGCGCAACAGCAGCCUCUGCUCACCCAGGAGGCGUCGUGGUAUCUGCUGGGCGACCUGCUGGCAACCCUCAGGAGCCACCACGUCCGAACGGUGCUGGCUACCACACUGCUACGGCCCCAUGUGACCGAGGAGAUCUUGCAGCUGGUGGUGUCCCCGCCGCCCAAUACACCAGCGGCCUACUUCCAUUUGCAGAGGUCCUGGGGAGGAACACCACAGCAGAGCUACUUCGAUACACAGGAGUCUGCCGCCGACCACCAGACGCUGUACGAGCCGGUGCCUAUCCCGGUGGUGGCGCCCGGAGAGUCCUCUGGGAAGCCUCUCCACCGGAACAGCCUCCUCGAGGCCCUGGAGCUCCGCCUCCGCCGCCUGGCAUUUGACCCGGGCCGGGACGGGGCGCGGGGCGCGGCAGGUUCCGUUCUGGCUUCAUCUGGCUGUCUUGCGGCUUUCGUAGGCCAAGCUGGCUUGGCUUUUGGAUAA